AUGAAUGCGAUUUUCGAGUUGCGUUUAGAAUGUGAUUGUGGUAUGGAUUUCAUCGAUUUCUACCGCGAUUACUACACAAGGAUAUGGAUCACUUAUAGGACAGGGAUGCCACCUCUACUAGGAACAGAGGUGACAAGCGAUUGCGGUUGGGGUUGCAUGAUCCGAUCAACGCAAAUGGCUAUAGCACAGGCGCUGGUUGUUAAUCGAAUGACGAGAAGAUGGCGUUAUUACGGAAGAAAGCUAUCCAGUCGUAAAGACGUGGGCCAUUCCCGAGGAGAUUCAUUUUAUGAUGCUCAGCUGGAAGUGCUUAAACUGUUUGAGGAUUGUCCAUCUGCUCCGCUUGGAAUGCAUCGGCUUGUGGAAAUAUCAAGCAGAGAAAAUCCAACGGAGAAUGCUGUUGGACGGUGUCAAGGCAUAUCCUGCAGGAAAGCCAUUCGACAGUCAGCUUCACCCCUGACUAGCGAUCUGUCCAUAAUGCUGGCGGUUGAUGGACGAGUAGUUGUCGGCGAUGCAGAACGUGAAAGUCGUGCUUGGGCAAAAAGAUUGCUACUUUUUGUCCCGGUGCGACUUGGAACUAGCAGUGUCAAUCCGGUUUAUUUCGACCAUAUUCGGCAUCUUCUCUCCACAACAACCUGUCUAGGAAUAUUGGGAGGAAGGCCAGAUCAUUCAUUGUAUUUCAUUGGUUACUAUGGUCGGCAAGUAAUCUAUCUGGAUCCUCAUGUUGCGCAUGAGUAUAUACCAAUGUCUUCGUGGGAUGAGUCAACACCACCACCAGACCACGAAGGUCAAGAGCCAGUGAAGAAACGCCACAAGCAUCCGAUCAGCUCAUAUCACUGCCGAUCAUUGUCUAAAUUACCAAUGAAGGACAUGGAUCCAAGCUGCGUUGUUGGAUUCAUGUUUCGAACAAAGGAAGAUAUGGAUGGUACUUUUCGGAUAUUGAAUUUGAAUCAAGUUGUGGAUGUGGAUCUUGGCCCUGGAGAAGGCUCAAAACGUACCAAAGAUCCACUUUUCACAGUACAGUACCAAGAAACAGCAUCUUACGAUUGCUUGAGGGAAGUGAGUGAGGAUGAACAGCGGCAAGCGCUGGAA